AUGAAUCCUGAAUAUGACUACCUAUUCAAGCUGCUGCUGAUUGGAGACUCGGGCGUAGGGAAGUCAUGUCUGCUGUUGCGUUUUGCUGAUGACACUUAUACUGAAAGCUACAUCAGCACGAUAGGGGUUGACUUCAAAAUCAGGACUAUUGAAAUGGACAGCAAGAUAGUUAAACUGCAAAUUUGGGAUACAGCUGGUCAGGAGAGGUUUCGCACUAUCACAUCCAGCUAUUACAGAGGCGCCCAUGGGAUUAUUAUUGUAUAUGAUGUUACAGACCAGGAGUCCUUCAACAACAUUAAGCAAUGGUUAGAGGAGAUUGAUCGCUAUGCAUGUGAAAAUGUCUCAAAGUUGCUGGUGGGGAACAAAAGUGAUUUAACUUCAAAAAAGGUGGUGGACUUCACAACAGCAAAGGAAUUUGCUGAGACACUCAAAAUCCCAUUCCUUGAGACAAGUGCAAAAAAUGCAAGCAAUGUGGAAAAGGCAUUUUUAACAAUGGCCUCUGAAAUCCAGAAGCGAGUCGUGGAAGACAACGUUCAGAAUGAGACAGUCAAAGUGGGAAAAAUCAAUAGUGCUCCUCUGUGGCAUGGAGCUCAGAAAGCAACGGCUGAGGAGGUCCACACCUGCUGUUAGUGCUAACAGAUUUACUGUGAAAUAUGUUCAGGGUAUUCACAUAUUUAAACAAUAAUAUUUUGUAGACUAAUUGGAUUUCACAGUUUAUAUUAAUUGAUGUUUUAUGCGUCUUUGUGAAUUAAUCUACUAUAAACCUUCUUAAGGUGCUGCAUAUUGUUUUAAAUGUUCUAGGUGUCAGAUUGAAUUGGUAUGGUAAUAAUGGGAAUCUAUGAUGGACACACAGGGUAACAUUAAAGGGUAAAAUGUUACUUUAUUUCUUAUGAAUAAUAUAAAACAAAUCACUAGUUAGGUAUUAUCAUUCAGAAAAUCCAUAUUAGAUGAUUUUACUUCAUUUAAUGCAAUAUUUACUCCCUCACUCUAUAUCCCCGUAACAUUUGAAACUGCCAGGACCCAUUAGCAGGUCCACAUUUCUAUCCUUC